CACGUGACAGGAAGUUGAUAUUAUGUGCAAAUCAAAAUGGCGACCAUUAUGUUGAAGAAAAUGAGAUAUUGUGGAAUUAAUUCAACAACAUGAAGACAGGCAUCAAAUAUAGAGAAUAUCGGUGAGGAAUAAAAACCAUGUUUCGGUUUGUGAAUAACCAUGCAGUGUUUUGCUGGUUCAAGCUACUAGUUAUUUGGAACUUUUCAAUUCAUGGCAAUCUGAUUGUUCAGGGUCAGAUUAUCACCACCCAGACAUCAGAUAAUGCCAGUAUCAUUCCCACCUCGUCCCCCACCCCCUCCCCCACCGGCCCCACCGCUAAACAGGUCACCACGGAGGCAGCCACGACACCACAGCUCAGCCCCCAGACCACGGCCCCACCGCUGAACAUUGUGUUCGGACAGGUGGGUAAGAACGCCUCCGUGCCCUGCUUUAUCGACGCCCUGGACAGGUAUCCAGACAAGAUGUUCUCCACCACCUGGAAGAGGAACCAGAUGUUCAUCGCCAACGCCGCCAUGGAUCCGGACGGGAACUUGUCGCUGACGUAUCUGGAUGAGGGGCUGAAGAAGAAGUUCCGGGUGAAGGAGGAUUACAGCCUGAUAGUGACGGAGCUGGAGAUGAAGGACUCGUCUAACUUUACCUGCACUGUCAUCAAGUUUCAGACAGAUCAGCGCCUGGUACAUGAUGUCAUCUACACCAAUGUAACCUACCUGCUGGUGCAAGAUGUGCCUUCUCCCCCUGGGCGCCCCAGCAUUCUAGAGAAAUCCUCCCGCAUGGCCAAAAUCAGCUGGCCGCCCAGUAUGGCCGACAACAACAGUCCCAUAAUGUAUUACUCCGUCAGCGUCUUGAAUGACAAUGGAGUCAAGGUAAAACAAGUGUCUGUUUUCACCAAUGAGAAUCCGUCGGCUGUGUUAACUGAUCUCCAGCCCUAUAAAGCAUACCAGAUCACAGUCUCUGCUGUAAACAAUAUAGGAACCAGUUUAGAGAGUCAACCAAGUGAUAUUUUCUACACCGAUUCAGAGGUUCCUGAAGCCCCUCCCCAGCACCUGGUGGCUACCAGUAACGUCAGCAGUCGGAUCCACCUCUCCUGGGACCCCCCACCCCCAGAUAAGCACCACGGUAAGCUUGAGGGAUACAGGAUCCAGUACAUAUCACAGAGGGACCUCAUCAACAGAGUCAUCACACUGGAGGAUCCAACCAAAACUAAAAUCACCCUGUUUGGACUUCAACCAUUUGAGGAGUAUGAAGUAGCAGUGUUAGCCUUCAACAGCGUAGGCGAAGGACCGGCUGUCAAAAAGCUGAUCCGAACCGCAGAAGGAAUUCCAGGCAAGCCCCUGAUGAUCCACACCAAUGAGCAGCCCAAGUCGACGUCCUUCAGCGUGAAGUGGCUGGCUCCGGAGAGAGUUAACGGACACAUCAUGAGUUACGAGUUACGCUGGCAGCACGACAAUGUCACCAAGACCAAGGUCAUCUCAAAAUAUCUCAACAACCCCAUGCAGGAACAAGUCACAAAUCUCAAGCCAUUUACCCAGUACAGAGUACAAGUAAGGGCCAUAACUGGGGGAGGAAAGGGGGACUUCAGUGAUGUAUACCCUGUCUACACUGAUGUUGCUGGUCCCAGCCCCCCAGAGAUCACCAACCUGACGGUGCUGGGGUCGCGGAGUAUCUACCUAGCUUGGGAGGCCCCCAAACAGUUCUACCGCACCAUCGACCACUACUACAUCGAGAUCAGGGACACCAGUACUAACCUCAAACAGAGGAGAGCCCUUGAAAACAACGAACGGGAGACAAUUGUGACUGGGUUACCCACCAAUGCUGGAUAUUCCCUCCACAUUGCUGGAGUGACCAAAAGCCUACAUUCCAACAUGCACUACAUCGGGGAAUUCUCUAAACCUUGGACGUUCAUCUUAUAUGACUUUUCAGAGGAUGUACCCCUCAGCAAUAGGUCCAGGAGCAUUUUAUCCUUUGCUAACAUGUCCUCCACGGCUGCAGUGACUCAUGAGUAUUAUAACGAGCCAGAAACGAAAGCAGUGCAGAAAAAUUGGGCAGGCAAUCAAUCGCUUGUCAAUUUCACUUCUUUCCCAACACGCCCACCUGAAAUUCAGGAACCAAUCAUGGAAGAUCCAACCGCCGUGAACCAGGCGGAAUCAGAAGUGGUGAAUGCUGGGAUAGUGGCGGGGGUCGUCUGUACGAUCGUGUUCAUUCUGCUGGCUGUACUAGGCUUCAUUGGAUGCAGGUCCCUGACUUGUAGAAAAUAUUACCAAGCAGCGUACAACUACCUGGCUGUUCCAACAAACAACAACUCACCCCCGUCUACUGUUAUAGUGGUGCCUGACGCUUCAGAAGAGAAGUCGUUUGGUGCUGUGAAGGAGGACAUUGAGAAGAAGUUCCCCACAGUGAAGAAGGAGGAUUUCUUACAGCAUGUACAGUCCCUGCACGCUGACAGCGAUGUGGGCUUUUCCCACGAGUUUGAUGAAAUCAAUAAGCUUACUGCUGUGGCCCUAAAGGCUGAUGUAGGGAUGUACCCAGAAAACAAACAGAAGAACAGAUAUGUCAACAUUCAAGCAUAUGACCACUCAAGAGUUUUACUUCAGCGAUCAAUGCAAGUCAGACAGAGGCAGUCUGAUUAUAUCAAUGCAAACUACAUAGAUGGGUAUAUGAAGCCCAAGGCCUACAUAGCCACCCAGGGCCCGAUGCCCAACACCUUCGCAGAUUUCUGGAGGAUGGUCUGGGAGCAGAACUCUGUCGUUAUAGUGAUGAUCACUAAACUGGUGGAGAGAACCAGGAGGAAGUGUGAUCAGUAUUGGCCGGAGGACGGGAUAGAGACGUACGGACCUAUACAGGUCAAACAUGUCAACACGUUCUCCCGCGCUCACUACACCGUUAGGAUAUUCUCACUCAAAAACGUUAAACUUAAAAAGCAGUUUUCCGAGCGAAUAGUUCACCAGUUCCAUUACACCGAGUGGCCGGACCAUGGGGUGCCAGACUUCACUCUCCCUGUCCUAAAAUUUGUACAGAAAUCUGCUGCCAUGAACCCGAUCAGAGCGGGGCCUAUUGUAGUACACUGCAGUGCAGGGGUUGGGAGAACAGGAACCUAUAUUUUGAUUGACAGUAUGAUAGAUCAAAUCAAAGACCUGGGUACAAUCAAUAUACCCGCCUUUCUAUUAAAAAUCCGUCAACAAAGAAACUUUCUGGUGCAAACCGAGGACCAGUACAUGUUGAUCCACGACGCCCUGGCCGAGUAUCUGCUGUGUCCCCUCACCGAAAUCAGGCAGUCCGACGUCAAACUGUACACGGACAAACUCUCAGAGACGCCGCCCGACAUCAUGCCCUCUCUUCUACAAAACAUUUUCCUUAUUGUCACAUCCUACAAACCCAAAGACUCAGACAAAUCUCUAGCUCUGGAUCCCAUUUCCAUAGAGAAAAACAGAAACACCGACUUCAUUCCUCUGUACCCCAAGCGGGUCAAACUGCCCUUCCUGCCCGGCGUGGAGGGCUCCGACUACAUCAACGCCACCUACUUACAGGGUUACAACCACACAGACGAGUUCAUCCUGACCCAGCACCCCCUGGAGGCGACGGUGGGUGACUUCUGGAGGAUGGUGUGGGACAACAACAGCUCCGUCAUAGUCCUCCUCUCCAGGGUCGACGACCAGGAUUUCAUGAAGUUUUGGCCAGAUGAGGCGGAUUCUGUGGGGAUGGACACGGCCAAUUUUAAAUUGGUUUUCCAGGAAUCAGAGGAAGGAGCCAAUUACUCAGUCCUGACGUUCUUACUGGAAUCUACGCAGGAUGAUUAUGUUCUGGUGACCCGAAUAAUUUCCUGCCCAGACUGGCCUCCUGCAGACAUGCCCGAGUUCAAAGCAUUUGAUCUUGUGGAGCGGGUCAAGGAGCUGCAGGCCCAGAAAGAUGGUGGCCCCAUCAUUGUAGUGGACAGGUUUGGUGGGGUGGAGGGGGCUCGGUUCUGUAUCCUGUCCUCCCUGUUGGACCAACUGAACCACGACAAGACAAUCGACGUGUACCACCUGUGUAAACUGUACCACAAGAAGCGCCCGGGGAUCAUCGGCAGUCCCGAGGAUUACCUGUAUAUAUUCCUGGCCAUGAACAGCUACAUUCAAGAACAGUUCGAAAGAGAGACCGCUUCUCUGUCACACCACCUCCACCUGCGAUCUUCUUCCGCCAAGAAAAACGGCACCCUGCCACGCAGUCCGAAUCUCCAGGCCCGAGUGGAGACCACAAUCUGAUAACAAGGUGGUGCUCCCAGUGCGGUGCAGGAUCGCCAUGGAAAUGAUUUGUGAAAUGACCCAUUGGGUAGUCCAUUUCUAUGUGUCAUAAUCAUAGGCUUCCCAGUAUUUUAUUAGGAUAAUUCCUGACAUCUAGCUCAUUUUAUCAAGGAUGCUUUUGUAGUAUGUGUCUAUGAAGUUAGAUUCGAAGAUCCCAUAAUAGGUCAAUCAUACCGUAGCUAGUGUGUAUGUUUAAAACAAUGUGCAAAAUGUGCCAACAUCAUCAAUCGAUUGUGAGCUCAUCGGCGUAAAUGGCAAGACAAAAUGAUACUGUGGAGGACUUGUAUCGGAACAUGAAUCAUUUUUACCAUAAAACCCAUUCUCUGAUACUGGUGCAUUAAGAUUGCUGCAGAAAAAAAGGGGAGGAUCUAAAAGUUUCUCUCAAGGACACAGGAUUUCCACUUGACCUGUUCAAAAAAUGGAGGUCAAGAACUGUGAUUGAUACAUGUAUUUUUAACUUAUAUAUUGAAAGGUUGUGUGAAUACAGGGACUUGUUCAGACUACAAGAGGUGUUGUAACUUUGCUAACGUUUAGUUGGUUGUUGUGAUGGUCCGUCAAUUUUUCUGUUGACUUUGUUUUUAUGUACUUUAAUAAUUGGUGAUAUUACUGCCACUUUAGUUAAAAAGAUGGCUAAUCUGAGUAUUUUUUUUCUCCUCAGUACAUUGAAAAUUGGAACUUUGUAGUGACACAAAAUGAAUAUCAGCUAUCGAGAUUGUCUAGGUGUUUAGAACUAUUUUGUAGACAUCAGAAUAUACUGAAAAGUCAUCAAUUCUCAAAUCUAGGAUAAUCUAGGAAAAAGUUAAUUGUUAGGAAUAUCUUGUAGACUUACUCAUUAUGUCUCAGGUGUUUUAAUUUGGGUAAAGAAGGACCUGUAUAUUCAGAAUUCUCAACAGACUGUAAGAUUGGUAAGGAAUUUGAAAUGAUUUUGGAAUAUAUUAGUAUAUAUAAUUUACACUGUUUUAAUUAUGGCUAAGGUUGUAUUUAAUAUCCAUAACAUUUUAUCAUUUACAUUUAAUGUUCAGUAUAAACCUGUGUAUCUCUUGCUGCUGUGUAUGUACAUGUAUCAGAGCUUGCAUGUAAUGCUGCAAGAUUGAUUAUGCUCUGCCAGUUGUAUUUUGAUAUCACCCCCUAUUAGUGACUAUGCUCUGCGAGUUGUAUUUUGAUAUCACCCCCUUUAUCAGUUUGGGCCUUUGCGCCACUAAUGUGUUCCAAAGCAUUUGUAAAACUUGUGUGUAGUAAUACACUCCAUUUUCAUCUAGUCUGUGUGCAAGUGAGCUAUGCUGAUAGUGUAUACAGAUAGAAGUUUUAAAAAUAAGUUAUAUUUUAAAGAAGAAAUUGACAAGUAUAAAAUUUAUAGGAAAUAUUUGAUUUUAGAAUCACAAACUGUGCUUCAAAAGUGCAUUAUGAAUGAUAUAUGAUACACCAAAGAUAGGUUGUUAUUUGAUUUUUCUGUUUUUACAUUAUAGUCUAAAUUUUUAAGGCAGUUACAGCUUGAGAGGGGUAUGAAAUGUGUAUGAAGUGAUUUUUGUUUUGAAUGUGGACCUAUUAAGCCCUUGUUCAGAUUUUCUGUUGGGUGUUAAGGUUGUGGCGUGCCAAAUUUGUAGAUCUCGUAGCUACGCUUCUCUGUCUUUUAUUUACAGCUUAUUUUAGUUUAUAUGCAGAGAGAACUCUGUAUCUGUUCCCAUUGUAUUACUUUGCUACAAAAGCUAUGCUUUAAAAUAAUUGUAGCCGACUGUAUUAAAUGAUGCCUACUUUUUACCUACGAAUAGUCAAGGUUGUAAUAAGUGUUGUUCAUAAAGUUGUAUAUGUACUGUGAUUUUAAAUGUGCCCCAUUUUUCUUUCCAAAUACUGAUCAGUUAUUAAUUACAUGCAUUGUUUGUAACGUACGGUAUUAGGUAUACAGUGGCUUUAGACUGUUGAGCAGAAAAAUGGCCUUGUGCAGGCUGGGUACUCCUUCAGCUGGGUAUAUAUAUUUUUUUCAAUGAAGACACAACAAAUAAACCUUUGUUUUUUCUCCUGUAAGUGGUUUUCUUUCACUUAGUUGGGUACUACUUUGAAAUUGGGAAAUUAUAAAUCUAUGAGAUUUCUGUUUUGAGUAAUCUGAUAAAUAAUGUGUAACAUGUUUAGCACACUGUCAUAGAAUUUCUAAAAAAAUUAAGAAUGCCAGUGUUUGUUUCCUGUAAUAAAUUAAGCCUUUAAAACACACGAAGGGUAUUUUUUAAAUUAAAGAUAUAUCUUUUACAUGUAUUUUUUUAUAUUCUAAAUGAUGCUACCUACAUUUAAUCAGUACAUGUAUUUACAACAUAGUUCAACAGUGAAAAGAUUCACGUGUAUGUCCAUGAUAGCAUACAUCUACAUGUGUGGAUAUAUAUACAUAUAAGUACCAUCUUUAUGCCAGAGUUAACAAAACUAAAAAAUUCAAAUACUGUGUAUCAGACUUAAAACUUCGAGAAAAGCUUGAGAGAGAAUUAUGAUGGGGUUGGUCAAAAGGGGGAUGGAGAGACUAGUCAUAAAAAAAAUUAGUGCAAGUAGGAAUGAAUUUUAAUUUGUAAUCUUCACGUAAUUUAUAUUUUAUUUAAAACCUGUGUACACUAGUGUACGGUUUGUAGUGUAGAAUUGCACUGAGUGGCAGCAGGUUUAGUGUUAGUGUUAGUGUACUGUAGAACCAGCCACUACAAAGGUACAUGUACUCAGCAUGUACUACAUGUUAUCUAGUAUAACUCACUAAUAUUUAAAAAAAAAACACACAUUAUCACUCAAGUAGGAGAGUAAGUGUACAGGAAUUUCUAAAAAUUAUCUCAGUGAUAAAAAGAUGCACAAAAUUUAUUUAUUUCUACAGUUAAUAUUAUAUGUAAAAAGGAGGGAUUUUUUUUUUUGGGGGGGGGGGGGGGGGGCUCAGCAAUGACUAAUCCACAAUAUUUCGGUGUCUUAACAAGGAAUCAAAGCCUAUGUUCUGUUUGUAGGUAGUGAAUACAGAACCCUGUUCAGGUUAUUGAUAAUAUGAUAUGUGUAUCAAGCAGCUAUCUUUAUAUUUAUGCACUUUGUUGUUUUUAUCCAGAUUUGAAUAUCCCAUUUAUCGAAUAAUUUAAGGAAUAUUUUUGCCUUGUUAUCGUAACUGUAUGUUUCAAGUGAUAGCAUCAUCAUGUCGCAAAUCCAAAUAUGUGUUACUGCAAAUCAAAACAGAUGUUAACUAAGGAUAUUUUUCUCCCUUAUGUUUUGUGUACAUUUUCUUUUUAUACAUGGUUUUCAUAUCAAAUUUGGGGGUUUUUGAGGACUGGCUAUUUUGGUUUUUUUUUAAAUUUCACCCUUGAUUAUUCUAAUUUCCAUAUUUUUCUUUACUGAACUUGUAAAAUAGAGUCCAUGUUUGUUCUUUCAUCUACUUAUUUCAUUUUUUGGGGUUCUACCCUGCAUUCAUUGUAAGAUAGAAAUUUUCAACAUUAACAAAUCCACAUCCAUGUUAUGUGGCGACUGUUCUCGGUUCUUGAGCACUCUGUAGAAAAUCUUACUCGUGUUGACAACAGGGUUUAUGAAGGCUUUCGGUUUGGCUCCUUGCCAGGUUGUCACUGUGUGUUGUCUUUGUUGUCUGUUUCAGCUACAUGUUGUGUCUUUUGAGCCACUUACUGAUAUGAGUGAAAAACUUCCCCCUCUACCCAUCUAAUUCAUUUGUGGUCAUUAUUUUGAAACAAAAAAAACCCAUUGUAUGAUUUUUGUAUUUGCAUUAUGCAUAACCUUUUUAUAAUAAUUAUUAAUAUUAAAAGAACCAUAAUAUUAUUGAAUAA